AUGAAGGCCUUUGUAAAAUGCAAAAGUAAGGGGAGAUCGCCCUCACACGAGGCCUCCCGCCCGGCCUGCAACCCUCUUGUUCUCAAUCCCCCGGUCCCCUUCUCCCUGCUCCCCUGCUCCCCUUCUCCGUACGCUCCUGCCUUGGCCCCUGCAUGCACCCAUGAGCACUGUUUGUUUUUCUACCUUCCCCUGUCACCUUACGGAGCCGCCUUGAAAGAUGAAUCCCCUGUUUCCCCAGGCAGAUGCCUCCGUGGAAGUGGAUCAAGAGCAAGAGAGCUGCUGGAUCUGGAGGCUCAGCUCUAUGGAAAUGCCAGGCAGAUUAUACUGGAGGGUUGGCAAAAGCAGACCCAAGUGUACGCAACAGGCGUACAGGUCAAAGCAGAAGGAGUUCAGGCAGACAUGGUGCCGGCAGAGAAACUUCCCAGAUGA